AUGGUGAGGAUGAUAACUGGCUGGGUGGGACUGCUCUCACUGACACUGUGUGUGGUCACUGCUCAGGCCAACAUGGUGAAGAUUAGAGAAGACACAAAUGAAGUCAGGGCGAGGGUGCAGCGGGACACACAGCCACAGACAGUGAAGGACUGCACACACAUAAAGAAAAUCUUACCCAAUGCACCGAGCGGCACUUACACCAUUCAGCCAUCCCAGGACAAAAGAAAAUUCACGGUUUACUGUGAAAUGCUGAAAGAUGGGGGCUGGACUGUUCUCCAGAGGCGGACGGGAGGGCAGGUUUCCUUCAACAGGGACUGGAAAGCAUAUGAGGAUGGGUUUGGGAAUCUAAAGGGUGAACACUGGUUGGGCUUGUCCAAUAUCUGGGCUUUAACCGAUGGAAAGAGCGCAACGCUCAGAGUGGACCUGUGGGACUUUGAAGGAGGAUCUGCAUAUGCCCAAUACCAAGAUUUUAAUAUUGGCAAUACGAGAACCAACUAUAAACUGCACGUUGGAGCAUACAGUGGCAAUGCAGGUGAUGCCAUACGUGGUACAUAUGCAGGCAUUGACCAGAAUGGCUAUGGUUUCAGCACUUUCGACCGUGACAAUGAUGGCUGCUCCCCGUGCAUCUUUGGAGACAUUGCUACAAACGACUGCAGUGCUAAAAAUGGUGGAGGCUGGUGGUUCAGUCGCUGUGGCUCAGCAAACCUGCAUGGAGAUUGGCACCCUGGGACAGCUAAUCGAUUCUGGGCAUCUGGCCUCCACUGGCUCACCUGGAGAGGCCCUGUGCCCUACUCAGCUAAGGCAACACGCAUGAUGAUAAAGAUCGUGUGACCUGUUAAGUAGAUCAAGGGUUUGCAUUAAGCAACACAAUGAUCCAUUGCUCUUUAUUCAUUUACCAGCAAUGAAAUGAUGCCAGUUUCAAUAGUAUAUUCUCAGCAUUCUGCAACUGCUUAAAUACUUUCCAUGUUCUUUUUUCAGUUGAUUAUUCCAUAUUUUACUGCUGCUGAAAGCUUACGUCUCCAUCUUUAGUGGCUGUUGUAACUGCUGUAGCAUUAUAUUCAAAAUCGAACCUUCAAAUGGGCUAUUAAAAUUGUUUUCUAGCAUUGUUUUCUUCUAAUAAAAGCAGAUA